UGCAAAUUCGUCGGAGGUGGCAGCGUCGCCGUUAGCAAUCUUGGGCUUUUUUGCGGGAGCGGACGAAUCGUCAUUCGCCUUACGCUUGCCUGAUGGACAUGUAAUAUGAUCGCAUCCCCCAUUUCAACGUCUUCAUCGCCGCCUGAUUCCGAUCCUGAAUCAGACGACUCCUCAUCUUCGGCGCUGCUCCCAUUGCCCUUUUUCUGUGAAGCAGUCUUGGCCGGGGAAGUCUUAACUGGCACAGCUUUUUUGGGAGCUUCGUCUUCGUCCUCUGAGCUCUCCUCGUCGCUAUCGCUACCACUCUUUUCGGCCUUGGCGGGUGACCCCUUCGCCCCUCCCAUCUUCGCGAUGACAGAAGCAACCUUCUUAGGGGCUUUCUCCUCAUCCGAACUCUCGCUUUCGCUUGAUGAAGAUGAGCCCUUCUUGGCAGCUGCCUUCACCUGUGCUUCCUUCGGCUUCUCUUCCUCGUCAGAGUCGGAACCCAACUCGGACGAUGACGAGCCAGCUACACCCUUCGCGGUUGCAGCAACAGUCUGCUUCUGGGGGCUGGCAGGGGCAGCAGUUUUUUUUGGCUUUUCAUCCUCGGAUUCGUCCUCGGAAGACUCCUCACUUGAAUCGGCAGCCUUAUCCUGAAACUUUUCGCUAUCAAAUGAGCGAGAUGAUCAGAGCCUAUUACAUACCUUGCCGUUUGCUUGUGCAUUCUUGGCUGGCUCCUCAUCAGAGCUGGACAAGAAACCGGACGAAGAAAUCCCCCUGGCCUUGGCCUGAGAAGCCAGUGA